GUAUCGUCUCGGGAUAGAUUGAUUCUCUUUUGGUCUUCGGAUUCGAAGUCUUGUUAGGGUUGGGGAUUCUCGAGAGAUCGGGCGUCAAUGGCGACUGCGGGGCAGCAGCAAGGGCAAGGGGCGAAGAGGCAGCCGGUGUUCACCAAGGUAGACCAGCUGAAGCCGGGGACCAGCGGUCACACGCUCGUCGUCAAGGUGGUUAACUCCAACACGGUGGUCCAGAAGGGCCGCGCUGUCUCCUCCCACCUCGGCCAUACCAGGGUUGCCGAGUGCCUCGUCGGUGACGACACCGCUUCUGUCGUCUUCACCGCCCGCAACGAACAAGUUGACUUGUUGAAACCUGGUGCUACUGUGAUACUCCGCAAUGCGAAGAUCGACAUGUUCAAGGGUUGCAUGAGGCUGGCUGUUGAUAAGUGGGGUCGUAUUGAGGUUGCUGAACCUGCUAAUUUUGGGGUGAAGGAGGAUAACAAUUUAUCAAUGGUCGAGUAUGAGCUGGUGAAUGUAGGUGAAGAGUGAAAGUGAAGAGGACCACUAUUUAAGUGACUUCGGUAGGUAGAGAAGCUUUUCUGACUUUAUUUUCUUAGGUAUUGUGGUAUAUGAUUCUGUUGGAGCAGUGGUUGGAGUCAUACAAAAUCUCACCAAGGCCUGUGGUACUUCUGUUUCUGCCUUGGUAUAUCUAUCAUAGUCUACCGAUACAUGUAACCUGAAUCAUAUACGCUGGUUAAACUAUGAAUCAUGAUGUUCAUGUAACCAUCUGCUGAUCUGAAUGGAAACAUGUAGUUUUAGUUUUA